AUGGAGAAACUACUCUCUGAAGAAUUACGGAACGGGACAACUGUCCAGGAGUUCAUCCUGGAAGGGUUUCCAGCUGUCCGUCACCUGGGCAAGGUGCUCUUUCCGGUGCACCUGCUGGCCUACCUGGCCUCCCUCACAGGAAACGCCAUCAUCAUCACCAUCACCUGUGCCCACAGCCGUCUCCAGACACCCAUGUACUUUUUCCUCAGCGUCUUCUCCGUCUUUGAGUGCUGCUUCACAAGCGCGGUUAUUCCCAAGCUGCUGGUUAUCUUUCUUUUAGGCAGUCAAACAAUUUCCUUUGCUGCCUGUUUCGUACAAGCCUUUUUCUUUAUAUUUCUGGGAGCAACAGGUUCGCUCCUCAUGGCGGUGAUGUCCUUGGAUCGAUACCUGGCCAUCUGCAAGCCUCUGCACUACGCCACCAUCAUGAGCCUGAGGACCUGCUUCCUCCUGGUGGCUGCCUGCGUUGCCAUGGGCCUCACCCUCAUCACUGCGCUGGUGACAAAGGUUUCCCAGUUAUCUUUCUGUGGCCCCAACGUCAUCCCUCACUUCUUCUGUGAUCUCGGCCCCCUGAUCCAGCUCUCCUGUUCUGACACCGGCUCUGUCGAGCUGUUGGUCUUUGGCCUCGCUUUCUUUAUCCUUUUCACAUCCCUCAUUAUAACCGUCAUUGCCUACGGCAACAUCGCGGUCACAGUCGUGCGUCUCCCGUCGGCCAAGGAGCGCCAGAAGGCUUUCUCCACCUGCUCGUCCCACCUCAUCGUCCUCUCUCUGAUGUACGGCAGCUGUGUCUUCAUCUACGUGAAACCAAAGAAAACCAACAGGCUGGACUCCAACCGAGAGGCCUCUCUUGUGAACACGGUGGUCACCCCGCUGUUACCCCCGUCAUCUACACUCUGCGGAACAAGCAGGUGCGCCAGGCUCUGA